UAUUUUGAAGGCGCAGCGCUGCUGUGUUUCCGUGUUUAGUCAGCGUCGGUCAUCUGACGGCUUUAGUCGCUUUAAACGGAGUUUUGGAGUAUUUUUUGGGAGUAUUUAAUCUGUUGAAGGGAGAGUUUAGGGUCCAUACAUAAAGUCAACAGUGUUCUGCUGUUUAAAGCGUACAAUUCUCCACAUUAUGGGGAAGUUUCUUGUGUUUUGGUCGACCUUCCUGCUGAUGUGCGUCGCGUUCAGUUUUUCUGAAUCAGAAUCAACAACAACACAACAACCUACAACUGCUCCACCUGUGCGCAAACCAUGCAACACUCUGACUUCCUGUGAGACCUGCCUCGCCAACGUCUCGUGUCUGUGGUGUUUGACGAACAGCAGCUGCUCUGAUUAUCCAGUGUCGUAUAUCAUUCCUCCAUCAUCCGUCUGUAAACUCUCUCAGGCCCGAUGGGGCGUCUGCUGGGUGAACUUCGAGGCUCUGAUCAUCGCUAUGGCUGUGGUUUUGGGUGUUUUGCUGCUGGCCGUGACCGUCUGCUGCUGCUGCUGUUGCUGUAAACGCAGAUCAUCAUCCAGCUUCGAUCGUGACGAUGAGCAGUUCGCCCGCAGGAGAGAGGAGAUACGACAGAGAGCAGACGAGCGGAGAGUGGAGAGGAAAACCAAGCAUGACGAAAUCCGCAAGAAGUAUGGACUCAUCCCAGACUCCGAUCAUCCAUACAGCAAGUUCGAGAACGAGUGAAAAGCGAGUGUUUCCACAUCCAGCAGCAGCACAGGAAUCACUUCAGAUGCUUCGCUUUGCUCUUUUGAGACACAUCAGAUCACUUUAGAUUAGAUGGAGCUGGAUGGCAGCCCAUUUCCAGAUUACCUUGUUAACUCUUCCAUUGGUUAGUUAUCUCUCUCUCUCUGCUCUGAUUUGCACACUUGUUUUCUUUAGUAGCAUUACUCUGAAGGUGCAACUAAUGAAAAUGGCCAAAGAGGCUGUUAGAAUGUGAGUUAUUAUUUUGUGUUUUUGUGUUUCUGAUGGACAAUUUAAGUAGUAAGCUGCAAAAAAAUGCUUUUCUUUGGCUUUUUUCUAGUCCAAUUAUGAAAAAGUCUGAAAUCAAAAAGCAUUUUCUAGACAAGCAAAACAUAUUGUGUAGUUUUCAGAAAUAAUGAGUCAAAAUGAAGCGAGUUUUCACUUAAAACAUGCAAAAUAAUCUGCCAAUAGGGAAAGCUGAAUAAUCUUAUGUCAAAACGAAAAACAAGAGUAUUUUUCUUCUCCGAUCGGCAGAUUUUCUUGCUUGUUUUAAGGAAAAAUCACUUUAUUUUGAUUCGUUUUGUCUUAAAACACAAUUGUUUUUGCUUGUCUAGAAAAUGCUUCUUGAUUUGAGACUUUAUGGAUAUUUGGACUAGAAACAAGACCAAAAAUCCAAGUAAGAUGAGCCUUUUAUGCAGUGUAGUUCACCUAAAUAAAUGGUAAAUCUGUCAUUUACUCGCUCUCAAAGUACACAAAUCUUUAAUCAGCCUUUUAUUGCACAAGAGCAAUUCAUAAUGAUCAAUAAUUUAAUUAAUACUACACUCUAUUGGGCCAAAAUAUGGUCAAAUCCAACCAUUGGGCUUAUUUUUAACAUUACAUUUACAUAACAUUGGGUCAAAUAUGGACAAACUUAAAUGUUGAGUUAAUACAACCCAGCAUUUCUUAAAUUGCCAUAACAGUUGUCCACAUGAUGUGAGCUCUCUUUUUCUGAAAUCACAUUAUACUUUCCUAGAGAAUUUGACCCAACUUUUAUUUUCUAAUGACCCUCAACUGUCCUGUAACACAUUCACACUUACUAAAUACACUGUAAAUAAUGCUGGGUUCUAUAAAUUCAUAAUGUUGGAUACAACAGAGACAAAGAGAAUGCUGUUAUUUAUUUUAUUAAAUUUAAACUGCUGGGUUUGUCCAUAUUUGACCCAGCAUUGGGUUAAUACAAACUGGUAUUUUCUAAGAGUGUAAAUUGCUGUAUAUUUAAUUAAAAUUGGAUUUAAAGGGUCAGUUCACCCAAAAAUGAACUUUUGCUCACACUUUUAUGAAUUUUAAUGUUGGGUCAAAUAUGCACAAAUUAAACCAUUCGGGUUCAUUUUAAAAAUUGCAUUUAAUUACAUUUGGGUUUGUCCAUAUUUGACCCAAUGAUGAGUUAAUACAACCCAGCAUUUUUUACAUUUCCAUAACAGUUGUCCACAUGAUGUGAACUCUCUCUUUCAGUCUUUUAAAAUCACAUCACACUUUCUUUUAUUUUCUAAUAACUCUCAAAACUACACAUUAAACUAACUGUAUACACUCGAAAUAAUGCUGGGUUGUAUUAAAAUACUUUUGGAUAAAAUAGGGAUAAAGAAAUGCCGAAAUGUUUUUUAAUUAAAUUUAAAAUGUUGGGUUUGUCCAUAUUUUUCCCAGCAUUGGGUUAAUACAAACUGGCAUUUUUAAGAGUGUAAACUGCAGUAUGCUCAAUUCAUUCAAUUAAAAUUGGAUUUAAAGGGUCAGUUCACCCAAAAAUGAACAUUUGCUCACUUUUAUGAAUUUUAAUGUUGGGUCAAAUAUGGACAGACUAAACUGUUGGGGUAAAAUUUUUUAAACUGCACUUAAUUACAUUUGGGUUUGUCCAUAUUUGACCCAAUGUAGAGUUAAGACAACCCAGCAUUUUUUACAUUUCCAUUACAGUUGUCCACAUGAUGUGAACUCUCUCUUUCAGUCUUUUGAGAGAAUUUGACCCAAAUUUUAUUCUCUGAUAUCUCUCAAAACUACACAUUCAGCCUUACUAAAUACACUCUGAAUAAUGGUAAUACAAUGGGUUGUAUUGACCCAAUGGUGGGUGAAACACAGACAAAGUAAAUGCUGGGUUAUUUUAUCAAAUUAAAUAUAAACAGUUAUGUUUGUCCAUAUUUGACCCAACAUUGAAUUAAUAAUUUAUUGCCAGUGUAAAUUGCCAUAUAUUCAAUUCGUUUAAGUUAAAAGGGACAGUUCUCCCCGCAAUGAACAUUUUCUCACACUUUUAUGAAUUAAUUAUGGGUCAAAUAUUGGACUUUUAUGAAGUUAUGUCCUCUGUUGAACAUAAAACAAGAUAUUUUGAAGAAUGCUGGGGAAAAAGCAGCUAUUGAAAUCCAUAGUUUCCCAGAGAUGGGUUGCGGCUGGAAGGGCAUCCGCUGUGCAAAACAUAUGUUGGACAAGUUGGCGGUUCAUCCCGCUGUGGCGUCCCCUAAUUAAUAAAGGGAGUACGCCGAAAAGAAAAUGUAUGAAGUGAAUGACAUCCAUAGUAGGAACAAAAUAAGUACUAUGCAAGUCAAUAGCUGUUUAUUUAUUCCAUAAUGUGUUCAACAGAAGAACAAAUCGACUAAAUGAUAACAGAAUGUUCGUUAUUGGGUGAACUGUCCCUUUAAGAACUAUAUGGUGAGACUAAGAAAUGAGCUCUUUGUUCACACAAGACAUUACAAUUACUUCUAAUAUAGCCUAUGAAGAGAAUUGAAGAUGUUAUGAUGCUUUUGUGAAUUCCUGCGUUGCCUUUCUGUCAUUAUAAGGACAAAAUUCUGCAACUGACUUGCAUGAAAUAAUAAAAGGAUAAUCCAGAUACAAGUAAAGCAGCAUUAGAGCUUAGCAAAUGAUGAUUAGAGUUAGGAAAAGGUUUGAAAUGUUCACUGAAUCUUCAUUUUUGUGAUUGAGUUAUGAUUGUAAAGUCUUUUUAAAUCUCUCUUUGGCUUUUGUGAAUGACUUCUACAUUUGUAUAUAUACACAAUGUGUUCCUAUUGAAAUGUCCUAAUAAAUAAAACAAGCUUCUACUUUUAAAGAAACAUCCAGCUUGGUUGAAAUGAAA